AUGACCGCUUGGUUGUGGGUUAUCUUUGAUGUCGAAGUGGCUUAUUUAGGGCUGCUGUGGAUCAUUGUAGGUCGUUUCGGCUUUUAAUAACUACGUUUGUCUCUAUCACACCACGAGGUUUCAUUGUAUGCUACAGUUGUACAUAUGCUACGAAAUCGUCAUCUUCUUCACUGACCACCUAAACAAAAGAGAGUUACUUAACUGAUGCGCAUGCAGUCGAGCAAGCAUAGAUGGCGCCCGCACCUACGCUUUUCUUGGAAAAGAUUACUUCUGCUUGAGGUGCAAUUAAAAGAAUACGAUUUCAUCUUCCUUUAUAUAAUGUAUUGAGGAAUGCUUACAAGAGUUUAGUUUAAACAUGUUUUGAUUACUAUUAUGUUCUUGGAAGCAAUUGCGGUAUUGACUUUCAACUACAAAGCGACAUGAAAACUCCAAAAUCGCCCAGCCUGCCUGUAAUUUUAUUUUUAUUUUUACUUGUAGUCCUUUUAUCGCUAGGCAUUUUAACCCCGAGCAAAUUUGCGUUGUUACAACCGAGCUAACAAAAUUUUCCUGCUUUUCUUGUUUUAAAUUUAACAGAGUGUGAUCGCUAAACAAAUGACCUACAAGGUUUACAUGUCAGGCACGGUCAAUGGACACUACUUUGAGGUUCAAGGCGAUGGAAAAGGAAAGCCUUACGAGUAAGUUUCUGUUUAAUAGAUAUUAUAUAUUUUUCAUACUUGUUCAAUAUAUGUUGGUUUCCGUUCAAUGCAUGAAGGGUUUUCGCAGCUUACCCUUGAUUACUUUUAAAAUCCCAUGACACUUUCGAGGAUGUUUUUGGGAAUGAAUGGGGAACACGAGGAAGAGCAAGUGAGCAGCAAAGUGUUUUCCAGCGUUAUCUUUCAUGGAAACUGGUUUAAAUUUUUAAUAUGUGAAUCAAAUUGAACGCUACCGUGCAAAUUUAAUCUUUCCAUUAACGUAAUAAAAUAAAUAACGAUCAAUUGGUAUCACAUCCACAGAGUGGUUUCUUGUCUACCAUCCUCGAUAGAAUUGAUACUUGACAAGGUUUUUUUUUUUUGAAAAAGAAAAGGAAACAAAACCAGAGAACUAAGAGAAAAUGCUGUCAGAAUGAGAAUUAUACACCUUUUAACAAGACCCAUCGAGCAAUGUUUAACCUUUUUUUUAAUAAAUAAGGCACCAUAGUAUAAAAAUGUGCCUAAUUUAAAUGCCAUCUCUUCUCUUUAAGGGGCGAGCAGACCGUAAAGCUCACUGUCACCAAGGGCGGACCUCUGCCGUUUGCUUGGGAUAUUUUAUCACCACAGAGUCAGUACGGAAGCAUACCAUUCACCAAGUACCCUGAAGACAUCCCUGACUAUGUAAAGCAGUCAUUCCCUGAGGGAUAUACAUGGGAGAGGAUCAUGAAGUUUGAAGACGGUGCAGUGUGUACUGUCAGCAAUGAUUCCAGGUACAUCAAAAACUAAGUUAAUUGAAUUUUAGUUUUCGCUGAAGCAAAACGUCAGAACAGAUAAGGUUUUCAUCCCUUUAGAAGAGGCUGCAAUUUAAGCUAAUAAAUGACAGCAGAUCAGUCUCACUUUCUCUUCGUUAGAAAUGGCGAAUCACCCGAUAUUGCGAACCCGCUGUAGAGUAUCAUUAUGAAAAAUAUCCACAACCAUUCCAUGGCACUUUGUUAAACCAUUUUUUAAUCUCUUUUCCAAAAGCAUCCAGGGCAACUGUUUCAUCUACAAUGUCAAGUUCUCUGGUUUGAACUUUCCUCCCAAUGGACCUGUUAUGCAGAAGAAGACACAAGGCUGGGAACCCAACACUGAGCGUCUUUAUGCACGAGAUGGAAUGCUGAUAGGAAACAACUUUAUGGCUCUGAAGUUGGAAGGUGGUGGUCAUUAUACCUGUGAAUUCAAAUCUACUUACAAGUAAGAUGUCACAAUUGCCAUUUAACCAAUUAAGGAACUCGAAAUGUAGGAUCUAGCUUAUGUGAAAGCCACGAUUCGGGAUUUUAUAAGCAAAAAGGGAAGCGAUUUAGUUUAAUGAUUAUAAAGGGGAUCUGGGUUUGAGGGAUUUUAGAAAGGGAGAUUAAAAAAAACUAUAUAUUGUUGAAAAGAAUUGGUAUUAGAUAGGAAAUAGUGAAAAAGUUUUAAAGUUUGGCUUCAGACACACGUUGGCCAAAAUUUGUAGACAUUGUCAUGAUCAUGAUUCAGGUUCACUCGCGCAAUGCUCUUCAAUCCCUUUCCCGUCUAAUGGACUUGGUCCAGGUCAUGUUCCGGAUCGAGGACAUUGUCAAACCUUUGUUAUUCUUACGAAAUAUUACAUAUUCGACCCAUAUAUGUUUGUAAGAAAAAAAAGAAUAACUGUGCACAAAAAAAGGAAAAAAAUCGCUCGUAAGAAACUGAUUUGGAGGUGGUGAUUUGCGGUGAUAGUUUUCUCGCUGUUACAAAUUAACGUAUACCGCGAAGAGCAGAGGUGUGAGUGAGAAAAUAAGUAUCUUUAUUUAAAAAAGAUAACGUGGAGAAUGCUUGCCUUGCCUCCCGAAAACGCUCGACCCAAAAAAUUAGAGAAGAGGAUUUUGAUCAAAGCUGAUGGUUGUCGCCAAAGAUUGUGGUCAAAGCUAUUUUUUGGUAAAGAAUUAAAUUGAUAGUUUGGGUCAGUUUCGAUCUUACCGAUAUUAACGGUUUUUUUGUUCAUUUGUUAGGGCCAAGAAGCCUGUGAUGAAGCCUGGGUAUCACUAUGUUGACCGCAAACUGGAUGUAACCAAUCACAACAAGGAUUACACUUCCGUUGAGCAGUGUGAAAUUUCCAUUGCACGCAAACCUGUGGUCGCCUGACGUCACGGUUUUUUCAGAGUCAAAUUAAGGCAGAAAUACGCAGUGGCGUAACAAACGUAGUUUUUGAUUUUAGCUAAAAAACGUAGAACAGAAGAAUUGUAAACAAAAUUUGAUGAUUAAACUUUUGAAAUGA